AUGGCACUGGGUAAUAAAAAACGGGCCUUCCAGCCGCAGGCUGUACAGGGAGCGUUGCAGCCUAGGUCUCUUCAAUCAUCUCCUCUACCUAGCCCCAGCUCCGUCUGGCCGGUUCAUUUUCCUCCUCCACGCCCCGUAAGCCACCCUGCGUCCCAUACCACAGUGCAUCCCACAGGUUCUCAUCCCUUCAGGCAGCAGCAGCAGGUGGCUCUGGCCCCUCAGCUCCCAGGCUCUCGCUCGACCAGCCACCAAAGUUCCAAGCAGCCGCUGACAUCCAUUACCCAGUCUCUUGGGCAAGCUGGGUCGGAGGGAGGUGCAGCCCAGGCGGGGAGCGCUCCACAGCCGCCUCGGUCUGAUCUAGUCGGGCAGCUCGCCCAUACUGAGCCGGUGGUCGAACAAAUCGCAGAACCAGGGUCGGAGGGAGCUGCAGCCCCGGCGGGGAGUGAUUUACAAGCGGAUGGAGAAAGAGACAGUUGGGACACAGCCAUUCUGAAUGAAAGAUCUGAUCAGCCAGCUUGUAGUUCAACACCAACAGAAGCCGAUGACUCUCGGCCUUUCAGUAUAGGGAGGGUAUUGACUCUCCGCCGUUCUUACAAACGGAGAAAACAAAGAUCUGAUCAGCCAGCUGAAGCCGAUGACUCUCAGCCUCUCGCUAAAAGGAAGGCAUUGAAAGUCCGGCGUUCUUCAAAUCAGAGAAAAGAAACAGGAAAACGAAGGAAGUGCUCCACCAGAAACAUACAGUCAGCCGGCGCUUCUGCUGCGCCGCUGAUCCGACACACUGCGCAAGGGGAAGCCGCGGGAGUUGUACUCCAGGAUAUAGCGGAAGCCGGAAGUGGCGGCGAGGUUGUAGUCCACGAAACCGGAAGCGGUGGAGAAGAUCGGGAAACCAGAAGUGACGGUGACGUUGUAGUCCAGGAACCCGAUAAUGGCGGAGAAAUUGUAGUCCAGGAUAUACCGGAAGCAGGAAGUGGUGAAGAAGAUCAAAAAAUUGAAAAUACGAUUCAAGAAAGAUCUGACCAGCCAACUUGUAGUUCAACACCCGAAACCAAUGACUCACCCCUUCUCGCUAUAACGAACAGACUGAGAAAUGAAGUAAGAAAUCGAAUCGGCCAGUCCGGCAUUCCCAUCAGAGAAGAAUCUAGACACCUGGCUUUUCACACAUUGACGGCUGUGAGCGAGCUUCUGUCUGCAGCCGGCAACCAAGAAGAAGUUCCCGAACGCCUGGUUAUUCAGGCAUUGGCAGCUGUCGGCGAGCUUCUGACUGCACCAGGCAACCAAGAAGACCCCAGCUUCCGUUUGUCCAUCUUGGUGAAUAUGUGCUAUAUAAUGAAGAACAUUCUUGGAUGAAAAAAAAAAAGUCUAGUGAAUAAACAUGUCUGACCCGCAUUUAUCUCAGUCAAACACAUCUCCGAAUGUUUCUCCUUCUAGUGAAAAUCAAAAUGCAGCACAACCAGAUUCUUUAGAUGAAUUUGUCUCUGAAGCGGUUUUACAGAAUUUGCGAAAUAUUGCCGAUGAUAUAAGCCCGUUAAUUGAUGCCGGUUCGCCUUUAAAUCCGACCUCUCCCUUAGAAGAUACAACUCUUUCUCACAGUCCGCCUCCGCAGCAAGAAAAUCAUCUAGAACGCUUAAUUAGCUUGGAGCAAGCUCUGAGCGAAUUUUCCAGACAUUCUCCUUCUAGUGAAAAUCUUUUACCGUUAAACCAUUCCCUUCCUUCUCAAAAUGUUAUUCAAUCCGGUGGUGGGGGAGGAGUACAAACCCUAAACAGAGAAAAUUUUAACAAUGUGGAAAUUAGGGAACGGCUUUCACUAAAUCAGAAUGGUUCAGAGGGAGAUUUAGCAGAAAUAUUCCUCAGCAUGAUGAACGUUUUAUCCAAUCUGGCUGAAAGAAUAAGACCGCUCGCAUCUAGAAAUGAUGUCAUACAACUUGAACUAGUAACCGAUGGUGGGUCUCAUCACACAAACUUUAUCGUAAAUUAUGAUGGGGAAAAUAUCAUGGAGGAACUUGAAAAAUUUACGGAGACUUUGGUACAAUCUAAUUCCGCAAUAACCGAAGAGGAUAAUGUGGAAUUCAUUCUCCAGCUGAUUCGGAAUCCUAACGGGGGUGGCAGACUAAAACUUGAAAAAAUUGUAGACCAAGAAUUAAUAAAAAGAAAGAGAAGACAUUUAAUCGUGAUUAACGAUGACGGCGAUCAACUUUGCUUUGCAAAAAAUUUAGCCUGUUUAGCAUAUCCGA